ACACCCCAUCCCCCAGCCAUCUGCCACCACGGAACCAAAUCCUCCCUGGAUGCCCCCCCCGCUCUGGGGAGCACUGGGUGGUUGUGCAGAGCGGGGCUGGGGCUUCCCCCCCCCCCCCCCAGUAUCGCAGCAGCCCCCCCAUGACCACGCCCCCAUUGACCACGCCCCCCCUUCGUGGCCACGCCCCCCAAAUCGCCGGGCGCUCUCCGCGGUGCUGAACCCGCCGCCGUGGAGUGGGGGGGGCGUGGCCAGCGGGCUGCCCGCUCCGCGUGGGCGGGGCCGCGCCUGCGCGGUGAGCGCGGCGGCGGCGUGCUCGGCGGUGCCCCUCGACGGGGCGGCCAUGGAGUCCUCUCGGUCCUUCCGCCGGCCCGGCCCCGGCCCCGGCCCGGCCCCCGCUCCCCCGGCCGGGCUGCGUGGGGUGGGACUCCCGGGACGUGUUCAGCGCCUUCCCCAGCCCAACCUCCCCCAGCGCCAGCCUGCCCUCGUGCCGCUCUCCACCCUGCUGUGCGACCUGGGCCUCGCCGAGCGGCCGUGCCCCUCGCUGGAGGUGGGCGACUGGCCCAUCGGCCGCGGCGCCGCUGGCACGGCGAAGGCGCUGGCACAGCCCAGCCUGGCAGCGGAGGAUGAUGAGGGAGUGGCGGUGCUCCCCCCACGCGGGCGGGUGCUCUGGCGAGGGAGAGGGGACCCCCCCCCGGGGAGAGCCGCCUGCCCUGCCAGCCAGCAGGAAGCUUUGCGCCGCUGCUACGCCCACCCCGAUCCCGCUGGGACCCCGGCCCUCCCCGGCGACCCCCCCGGCUGCCGGCAGACCGUGAGUGCGAAGCGUUGGGCAGCGGGGACGAAGGGAACCACGCUAGCCGUGGGGCUGAACUCGGUUAAAAUCCACUGCCAGAACGAAGCCGUCUACCAGUACCACGUCACCUUCAGCCCUGAGGUGGAGUGCAGGAGCGCGCGCUUCACAAUGCUGAAGGAGCACCGGGCGGUGACCGGGGACGUGACCGCGUUCGAUGGCUCCAUCCUCUACCUGCCCAUCCUGCUCCCCCAGCUGGUCAGUUUGAAGGCUCAGAGGAGGAGCGACGGGCAGGAGAUCACCAUCACCAUCCAGAUCACCAAGGUCCUCGAGCCCAGCUCGGAUCUCUGCAUCCCCUUUUACAACGUGGUUUUCCGGAGGGUGAUGAGAAUUUUAGAUAUGAAGCAUGUUGGGAGAAAUUUCUUUGAACCUGCUCAGGCCAACGUAUUACAGCAUUACAGGCUCCAGAUUUGGCCGGGAUACUCUGUCAGCAUCCGGAAAAAAGACGGCGGCCUCUUCCUCUUGGUCGACGCCAUCCAUAAAGUCAUCCGCAGCGAUUCCGUCCUGACUUUCAUGCACACCAUUUACAAGAAAAACCUCAGCAGCUUCCAGGACGAGUGCACCAAGCAGCUGGUGGGCAACGUGGUCAUCACCCGCUACAACAACCGAACCUACCGCAUCGAUGACAUCGACUGGAAUAUGACUCCGAGGGACAGUUUCACCCUGGCCAGUGGCGAGGAAAUCACCUUCGUGGACUACUACAGUAAAGCUUACGGGAUCACCAUCAGGGAGCUGGACCAGCCGCUGCUUGUCCACAGGCCCAGGGAAAAAAGACUGCCGGAGGGGAAGCGUCGGCUGGACAUGGUACUGCUCGUGCCGGAGCUCACCUUCAUGACCGGGGUCCCCGAGAUGGGGAAAGACAGUCGCAUGGUGAAGGACGUGAUGCGGGAGAUGCUGCAGAGCCCCAAGCAGCACUACACGCGUCUCACCGGCCUCCUGCGCAGGAUCCAGGACAGCCCAGAGGCCUCGCGGGAGCUGAUGCUCUGGGGGCUCAGCCUGGACUCGGAUAUCCACAGGAUCCAGGGCCGAGUUCUGCCCCCGGAGAGGAUCAACCUGCGGCACAGCUCCUUCGUCCCCGCCAAGGACCUGAGCUGGAACAAGGAGGUCACGCGAGAAGCCUCCAUCUCGGCGGUCACCAUGAAUUACUGGUUGCUGGUUUACCCGAAGCGCCUGCAGGACCUGGCGAGGGAUUUGGUGGCCGCCCUGGAGAGCGUCUGCGGCCCCCUCGGCAUGCGCGUCAGCCGGCCCGCCGUGGUGGAGCUGAAGGACGACCGCAUCGAGACCUACGCCAGAACGAUCCGGAGCGUUUUGGGCAGCGAGGAAAAGGUGCAGCUCCUCCUGUGCAUAAUUUGCAGCAGCCGGGAGGAUUUGUACGCGGCCAUCAAGAAGCUGUGCUGCGUGCAGUCCCCCGUGCCUUCCCAGGUCAUCAACGCGCAGUCCCUUGCGGGCCAGCCGGGCAAGAUGAGGAGCGUGGUCCAGAAAAUCCUGCUGCAGAUGAACUGCAAGCUGGGCGGCGAGCUCUGGGGGGUCGACAUCCCCCUGAAACAGCUGAUGGUUAUCGGUAUGGACAUCUACCACAGCCGCAGCAAAGGGAUGCGCUCCGUCAUCGGCUUCGUGGCCAGCAUGAAUCACAUCCUCACCAAGUGGUACUCCAGGGUGGUCUUCCAGAUGCCCCACCAGGAGAUCGCCGACAGCCUGCGGCUCUGCCUGGCCGAUGCCCUCCAGCACUUCUACGAGAUGAACCACUGCUUGCCCAAAAAAAUAGUCGUGUACAGGGACGGCGUGUCCGACAGCCAGCUCGACACCGUGCUCAAGUACGAGAUCCCGCAGAUGCAGAAGUGCUUCGACACCUUUGAGAACUACCAGCCCAGCAUGGUUGUUGUGGUGGUGCAGAAACAAAUCAGCACCAACUUUUACACCCUCACAGAGGAGCAGUUGGUGUCCCCUCCUCCGGGGACGGUCAUCGACCACACGGUCACCAGCUCGGAGUGGCAGGAUUUCUUUUUGUUGGCCCAUCACUCUCGCCAAGGCUGCAGCAUCCCCACGCGCUACGUCUGCGUGCUGAACACGGCCAACCUCAGCUGCGAGCACCUGCAGAGGUUGACUUUCAAGCUUUGUCACCUGUACUGGAACUGGCCGGGCACCAUCCGGGUCCCUGCCCCGUGCAAGUACGCGCACAAGCUGGCUUUUCUCUCGGGGCAGGUCCUGCACCACGAGCCCAGCACCCAGCUCUGCGACAAACUCUUCUUCCUAUAGGCAGGGCGCUGGCAACGGGGGGAGGAAGGGCUCACUUUGGGGUUCAGCUCCCCCAGCCACUGCUGUUGAGUGUCCUGCAAGGGGGACUGUCUUUCCUUAAAUGUGUUUUGUUUUGUUGUUUUCCAUUUAUUUAUUUCUGCAUGUGGUUUCUCAGGUUCGUUUUUAUCAUUUUAAAAGGAUGCUCAGAAGCGCUCCGGCGCGGCCCCCGGCGCCGUGGGCUCUGGGGAUUCAUCUCCACGGGAAUGAACCCGGAGCAAAACCCCGCUGCUGCGGGGCCGCCAGCCUCUACCCACUGGUUUCCAGUCCUCCCAGCAAAGGGGUUUGUGUAAAUGAGCCCCAGAGGUGAUGCUGCUCCCACAGCACAGGCUGCGGCUCAUCCCUGCCCGCCCCCCUGCCCUGUGCAGGUGUUGGAUGCAAAAAAAAAACCCAAAGAUUUCUGGUAUUUUUUUUCCCCCCAAUCUUUUUCACUGUCAUCAAGACAGCCGCCAGUUUAAAAUUUUACUUUGCUUUUUCGAGCUCUUGUUUAAUAAACCCAGCUCCAAUUUGGCUGGUUGUCACAGCCUUAAGAAUUCAGUGCUUUCCUAAGGAGAAGCUUUCAUUAUUUUUUUUUAUUAUUCUGUUGGGCUGGUAGAGGAGCAGGUCCCUAUCUCGAGAGACAAAAAUGUGUUUGAGUUUUCAGCUAUUUCAGGAGUUUCUUUACCAUGGUCAAGAGUGUGUUUGAGACCUUUUUUUUGGGGGGGGGGGGGGGGCAGGGCUGUAACUGUAGUUUUCAGUUCACUUCAAUAAAAUUG